UUUAAUCAUAUAUAGAAGUUAAGGCAUUUUUUCCGUGAAUUAUUUCCCCUAAAAUGUCAAUGACUAUUGUUUGCUGGUUUAGGAGUUUUGCUCCGCCCCCUGUGUUUGUCGUAAACCUGGCUCCUGGCUCCAAUAAACCCGGGCUAAGAGCGCCCUGGGCUCGCCUCCUUCUCCAAGGCGAUCAAUAGGAUCUCAGGCGCACUCCAAGCACUCUCUUACGUAGACAUCCACCAAGGAGAGAGCCGAUCCAACAACACGGUUGAUCUGCUCCAACACAAAAAUCUACCUGCUUUCCGAAUCAUGUCGUUGAGCCCAAAGCACACAACGCCUUUUUCAGUGACAGAUAUUUUGAGUCCAAUCGAGGAGACCUACAAGAAGUUCAGUGGCAUGGACGGCGCAGGGAACCUAACCUCUCCACUGGGAGCCUACCGACAGCCUCAGGUGUCUCAGACCGGCAUGCAGCAGCACUCCAUGGGCCACAACGCCUCCGUGGCCGCCACGUACCACAUGCCGCACAGCGUCUCCCAGUUCUCCCACAGCACAAUGGGGGGAUACUGCAACGGAAGCAUUGGCAACAUGGGAGACCUCCCGUCGUACCAGGAGAGCAUGCGGAAUAGCGCAGCAGCCACAGGAUGGUACAGCGCCAACCCUGAUCCCAGAUACUCCACAAUUUCUAGAUUCAUGGGACCUUCCACAGGUAUGAACAUGACUGGCAUGGGGAGUCUCACAGGGAUGGCGGACCCCAGCAAAACCAUGCCAGCGCUCCACGCGGCGCCCAGGAGGAAACGGCGCGUCCUGUUCUCGCAGGCGCAGGUCUACGAGCUGGAGAGGAGGUUCAAGCAGCAGAAGUACCUGUCGGCGCCGGAGCGGGAGCACCUGGCCAGCAUGAUCCACCUGACGCCGACCCAGGUGAAAAUCUGGUUCCAGAAUCACCGGUACAAGAUGAAGCGCCAGGCCAAGGACAAGGCGGCGCAGCAGCUGCAGCAGCAGCAGCAGCAGCAGCAGCAACAGGACGGCAACCUGUGCCAACAGCAGGCGCAGUCCCCGCGGCGCGUGGCCGUGCCGGUUCUCGUGAAGGACGGUAAGCCGUGUCAGAACGGCUCCAACACGCCGACACCGGGCCAGCAACAGGUGCAGCAGAACCAGCAGCAGGGCCAGCAACAAAACGGAGCCGGAGUCGUGCUCGCGUCCUCGGCGGGCAGCCUGAGCCAGCACCAGAGCCAGCAGCAGGUGAACGCGCUGGACCUGGAGGAGAUGUCGCCCAGCCCCCCCUCACUGCACAGCCAGCUCAACAUGGCCCAGAUAGACACGUCUGCUGUAGAUUACACCAGUAACAUGGUCAACUCAAACCUCCUGUACGGCAGAACGUGGUAGGACCUCAUAAAAAACUGCUACUUUCCACUUUUUUUAUAUGUCAACACACAGGCGCGCGCCGCGCGCAGACACACACCCAGGGCGCACAGAGGCUCAAAGAGGCGCAUCAACUGAUCAGGGCACAUUUUCUUGACAUCUCUGACAGGGGAGUCUAUUUUGGAACAUUUUUAGAAAUGGCUCCCUUGACUACGUCGUUUCUGGACCUUUUGUAAUUCAUGUUUUGGACCUUCCAUGAUGUUAGUCUAUGUUGUUGAAACAAAAAGGAGAUGCUGCUUCCCCUAUUUGUACUGAAGAGGAAAGGUGGACUCAGACACUAAAAAACACCAUUCCUUCCUUUGCGGUAACUUGGUAUUUUAUCAUAAUAAUAUUGUAAACUAAUGUAUUGAUUUAGACUUAUUGAAUAAAGUAGUUACUUGUAUAUUUGGCUAACACACAAGAAAAAACUGUAUAAUAAUCAUUAUAGCAUCCACAGUUCUGUUUUCUUUAUUCUUUUUUUCUUUUCUUUUUUUUUUUUUUUUUUGUAAGUUAAAAAAGGAAGAAAUGCGUGAUGGCUGCUGUAUAUGUUUCAACACCAAGUGAACGUUAACAAUAAAUAACUUGAAGUGUGAGAGCUA